AUGUCGCUGUCGCGCGGGGCCAGCGAGCCAAAGGACCGCAGGGGCUGCCCCCAACGGCAAAGCUCUACAGAGAGACCAUCGGGAGGCUGCAGCGACGGCGGCUGGGGCGGCUCCGCAUUUAAAAUGACCGCCAAGUGUAGUGCUGAAGUGCUGCCCGCUGUUCCUAAGCGCAAGAAGGCUGUGAUGUGCCUUAUGGAGAAAAUACGGGUCUUAGAUAAGCUGCGUUCAGGCAUGAGUUGUAGUGCUGUUGGCCGUGAGUUCAAUGUUAAUGAAUCGACAAUCCGGUACAUCAAGAAAAAGGAAAAGGAAAUUCGCCGAUCUGUACGUGAGGCUGCUCCGGAGAGUGCUAAAGUGACAUCUAUAGUGCGUGAGGAAGCUAUGGAGAAGAUGGAAAAGCGACUAAAUUUGUGGAUUCAUGAGAUGACAACCGAUAAAAAAGGUGUGGUGGACAGCAUUGUUGUGAGGCUGAAAGCCAAAGAAAUUUACGGUCAUGUUACCCAGGGUCAGAAAAAUGUUAAACCCUUCUCGGCUAGUGCUGGCUGGCUUGCGCGUUUCAAAAGGCGAUAUGGUGUGAAAAAUAUUAAACUUGCAGGUGAGGCAAGUUCUGCAGAUCAGGAGGCUGCGCAAGAAUUUAAAAAACACUUGCUAAGUGUUAUAGAGGAAAAGGGAUAUGUGGAAGAGCAGGUUUUCACCGCUGACGAGACUGGCUUAUUUUACAAGGACGUUGGCAAACGAACCUAUAUAACGCAAAUGGCUUCCCAAGCCCCUGGCUUUAAAUCAUCCCAAGACUAUGCAACCUUGCUGUUGUGCGCCAAUGCCAAGGGCGACUUUAAGUGCAAACCUCUAAUGGUGUACAGAGCCCAGAAUCCACAAGCAGUUACAGGGAAAAGUGUGAACCAUAUGCCCGUCCAUUGGAGGUGGAACAAAAAAGCAUGGAUGACAUCCGAUUGGUUCCACAACUGCUUCAUACCAGAAGUUGAAUGCUAUCUCCAGGGCAGAAACCUUGCCUUCAAGGUUUUAUUAAUUUUGGAUGAUGCCCCAGUGCAUUGCUGUGAAGAACUCAGAAAUGCCCACCCCAACGUAGAAGUUCUUUUCAUGCCUCCAAACACUACGUCUCUCAUUCAGCCCCUGGAUCAGGGCAUAAUAAAAGCAUUCAAGGCGCACUAUACCAGGGAGCUUUAUAGCAAGGCCUUGGAGGCCCUCAAGGCCAACAAGGAAACCACCAUGAUGGACUAUUGGAAGUCAGUCACUAUACGCAACGUUAUUGAUUAUGUUGGCACAGCCUGGGACAGCAUCAAGCAGGCUACUAUCAAUAACUGUUGGAAAAGUGUUUGGCCAGACUGUGUGGAAAAUUUCGAAGGCUUUGAAAGUGUUACAGAAAGUAUAAAGAACAGCGUCAAAAACAUAAUGCACAUCGCACGGCAAAUAAGUGGAGAAGGCUUUGAUGACAUGAAAGAAGACGAUGUGGAGGAAAUUUUGGCAGAGAAGGCAGUAGAACCCACCAACGAAGACCUGGAUGAGAUGGCAAAACACGGCACUGGAGUCAGCAACGACGAGGACAGUGAUGAAAGUCAGACUAAGACUUCAAGAAUUGUCCCUCUUACAGUGGCCAAAAUAUCAGAAUGGAAUUCUGCCUUGGAAAAAAUUUUCAAUGACAUGGAAGAAUGUGACCCUAUGCUUGAUCGAAGCCUCAAAUUUAAGCACCUAACCUCCACUGCGUUUGCCCCUUAUGCCGAGAUGCUCAAAGAUUUGAGGCAAAAAGCCAAGCAGACAAGGCUGACCCAAUUUUUCGAGCCAGUUUGGGAGGGAAAAUUGCCAGUUCCAUCAACAAGUCAGGAGAGCCAAACUCCUAAGGUUGAACUGCCAGAUGUCAACAUGCCACCCUCUUCCUCUUCAGCAGAAUAA